UCAUCUCCUAUACUGUCCACAGUCUCUGGUCAUCCCUGUACUGUCCGCAGUCUCUGGUCAUCACUGUGCUGUCCACAGUCUCUGGUCAUCUCCUGUACUAUGUCCGCAGUCUCUUGGUCAUCCCCUGUACUGUCUGCAGUCUCUGGUCAUCUCCUGUACUGUCUGCAGUCUCUGGUCAUCUCCUGUAAUGUCUGCAGUCUCUUGGUCAUCUCCUCUACUAUGUCCGCAGUCUCUGGUCAUCCCCUGUACUGUGUCCGCAGUCUCUGGUCAUCUCCUGUACUAUGUUCGCAGUCUCUGGUCAUCCCCUGUACUAUGUCCGCAGUCUCUGGUCAUCUCCUGUACUAUGUCCGCAGUCUCAGGUCAUCUCCUGUACUAUGUCUGCAGUCUCUGGUCAUCUCCUGUACUAUGUCUGCAGUCUCAGGUCAUCUCCUGUACUAUGUCUGCAGUCUCAGGUCAUCUCCUGUACUGUGUCUGCAGUCUCUGGUCAUUUUCUGUACUAUGUCUGCAGUCCAUUGGUUCAGAAUAUAUUUUUUUUCUGGUUUUUCACCUCUA